CCGAACAUAAACCGCAAGUGCGAUAUUGUUUUUAAAACAGGCCCUCUAAUUUCAAUUUUCCCCUCUUCCCUCAGAUCUCUUGUUUUUUGUUUAUCUCCCCUCUACGCUGUUUCGGGCAUUGUGUAGGCGUAACGGGUUCUGCUCCCAUGGCGACUUCCUGCAUCGAUGAUUUUGUUCAUGUGGAUGUAGUUGGAGCGCUGGCCGAUUCCAAUAUUCAGUCUCAAGGUUCGGAGGAGAGCGUUGUGGCGGAUAACGCGGCCAAUGAUGCUGUUAGUGGAGAGGGUGAGCCCCCAGGCUAUGUCAGGAAGGUACUGCCUGAUAAGCUGAUGAAGAGCGUUGUGAUGCUCAAUUGCGAGUCGUACGCAGAAGGCGGCAUUUGCGAUGUGUAUCUGCUCGGAACAGCUCACGUGUCAGCGGAAUCUUGCCAACAAGUCCAAGCCGUGAUCAAUUUCUUAAAGCCACAGGCUGUCUUUUUGGAGUUAUGUUCAAGUCGUGUUGCAUUACUAACACCUCGAAAUUUAAAGAUACCAACAAUGGGAGAAAUGGUGGAUAUGUGGAAGAACCAAUAUAAUUUGUUUGCAAUACUAUAUAGCUGGUUUCUUGCAAAGGUUGCCAGUAAGCUUGAUGCUUUACCCGGGGACGAGUUUCGUGUUGCAUAUGAAGAAGCAAUGAAGUAUGGUGGCAAGGUGAUUCUUGGAGACCGCCCUGUUGAGGUGACAUUGAGAAGGACUUGGGCAAAAAUGCCCCUAUGGCACAAGACAAAAUUAGUUUAUUCGUUGAUGUUUCAAGCCUUAUUUCUACCAAGCCCCGACGACAUCAAUAGAAUGUUGAAAGAAAUGGAUGAUGUUGAUAUGCUGACUCUUGUUAUUCAAGAAAUAAGCAAACAAUUCCCAACUCUAAUGGAGACACUAGUACAUGAGCGGGAUCAGUAUAUGUCGUCAAGACUACAUGCGGUUGCUUGUCAACAUAAUUCUGUUUUGGCUGUUGUUGGAAAGGGACACCUCAUCGGAAUGCAGAAACACUGGCAGAAACCCAUUAAGCUGAAGGAAUUGCUUAGCAGCUUGCCUGCGAAUAAACCCACAUGGCAUGUGAAGAAAAUUUUGACAGCUCUUGGAAUUGCAGUUGCAGGAGCAGCCCUUUCAUCACGUCUGUAUUUCUCAACUAAGAAUUCCUUCCGUCUUCUUGGCUGGUAUUAUUUUGAUGAGUAGCAAAGCUAUGGAGUAUGCCUCAAGUAAAGAAACUAUCUACCCAUUAGGAAUAUCACUAGCGAGCUACUGGCCGAUUUGAGGUCUACUUGUGAGUUGUGAACCAAAGUAGCUGUGUAGAGUUCUAUAGAAUUCUACUACAACCUUAUUACUUAUGAGAAUCUAUUAAAAUUUUGUUGAUAUGAAAUUCUAUUAAAAUCUAUAAAACCUAUCAUCCUAGAAUCUUAUGCUACAUUAAUACAUGAUGCUCCAUUGCUCGACGACACAUUUCACCAAAACUCUUCAUACAAGCUAGGGUAAUUCUUUAAGCACUUUCU